ACGUCUAUAUAUAAAGAGAGAAAGUGAAAAAGGAGGAGACAUGAUCAAGCUUUCUGCCUUUCUCCUCUCUUUUCCCCCAAAUAGCUUUCUUCAAUUCUUCUCGGCUUCUCUUGCCUCAUCCACUGAACUCCAGAAAUUGACGAUGGAAGCUGGAGACAAGCAACUGCGCCAAGCAAUGGAAUUGAAGAAGAAGCACCAUGGGUCUUUGAUUCCGGCCAUGACAAGAGGAGGAGGAAGAAUUAAGCGACGAAUCUUCGUCAAUUUAUUCCAGAAAUUAAAGCUUGUUUUCAAGCUUUUCUCACGAGUCGUCACGCCCUUCCUCUUGUCCUCUGCAAGAGCUGGUGGAUGAUGCGAUCAAUGUUUAUGAUGAUUGAUGUGAAAUGCCUCGCGAGUAAAAUUGGUUUCAUGGAGAGAGCAACCAGUGGCGUUCAUGCAUAUACCACCUUGGUUUCAACCAUUUGUGGUUAUCGGCAUCUCUCAUAUAUGAUCUGAUCUGCAAAGAUGUGGUUACUAGCAUGUUUCGUUUCGACUAUAUAUGCUUAUUGGUAUCUCUCUUUUAUGAUCUGCAAAAGAUGUAAUCAUCACCAUGUUUUGAUUCAUCUGUAUGCGGCUAUCCGCAUGUUCCUUGUAUUGUUGUGCUUUUAGUGAUUUGGCUUCGUCUGGAUUGAUGCUUUUUUUAUGCUGUAAUUUUCUAAAACCCUAGUACUUUUCCCUGAAACUAUAACUGAAGAUGGAAACUGAGAUCAA